CAGAGCCUCCGGUUAGUUAUCAGAUGACAGGACCUGAUAAUCCGACACAAGCCUCGCUCUGUUUCUGUGCACCUCUCCAGGAGCAAGCACAGGAAGAAGAGGGAGAGAGGUGGUGGGAGGACUGAGAUGGGAGUGAUCUGAGCAGCUGGAUCGAAGGAAAAGUGGGAGGAUAGCUGUGAAUACAGGGAAGUAAGAAGGGUAUGCCCGGGAGAGAAUGAGAGAGAAUCAGAAGCCCAGAGACUCUUGUGCAGUAAGGAGUGUGGGAGCACAGGAUCUUUCAAUAUAGCAGCACAAAAGCAUAUUGAAUCUGAAAUCUACCCCUCAAGCAACCAUCUUGGUUCUGCUGGAGUAGAGAUGGAGGAUGACCACGAGCAUCCCGUUAUCUCCUUAUCGAAGAGCUUCACAGACAUGGCCAGUGGUACCCCCCAGCAGAUGGAGCCGGGCUGGUGCCAGCAACAUAUCCGGAAGAGCAUCAGCAGUGCAGGGUGUGCUCAGAGACCCGCAAGCAUGGGAGAACCAGUCACUGGUGUCUCUUUAGAGCUUGAACAUGCAAGUGUAUGCAGUGGUGACAGCGCUCCAGAGACAGUAAUCUGGCAUGGAAGAAUCACACGGCCCUGCAGCAUCACAGAGCCUGCCAGAAGGACACCAACGCAAGACACGCUUCUGGGACAACAGCAGGCCUUCACUGGUGAAAGGUGUGCUCCAUGUUCUCCAUCUAUGCACAGGGACUUGAGGAUGGAGGGGAUGGAGAUAUACUGCCAAGGUGGUGUGACUGGGGAGAACCUGAAAGCUUGCAGCUGUUCAAGGAUGGUCUAUGGGGUAAUGUCCCCAGCUCUGGGCACCAGGCCAUGCCUGAGAAGUGCUCACAGCCUUUCACAGCAAAGAGUGGAUGCUGAGGUUUGCAUGCAGAGUCCGUUCAAAGGUGAGAACCACCAUUUAUCAGCUGCCAACACAUGUAGGUCUGCAUGUGUUGGUGAUGUACUGAGCACUGAAUCUUUGAGAAGCACUUGUGCUGUUGUGCCCUGCCCUGGACAUUUGAUAUCACUGCCAGCCUGCACAGGAAGUCCUUGUGUAGGCCAAAGGUCAGUAGUCCAUUCAGCCUUGCUUGGUUUCCCACCACUGGUGUCUUCUGUGAGUGAGACAAGACUAAACAGUCGGGCUGCAGGUCACUGCUGUAGACCUGAACUAGGUGGGAAGAAUUCCUUUACCAUUGGAAUAGACCAUACUAGCCAGUCUAGGUUUUGCUCCCAGAGAGUAAGGGAUGUCUCCACAAUGACAUCUAAACAUGAUUUCAAAGAAAUUGGCGUGCAAACAAUUUCUGCUGAUUCUCUUGUUUCUCUUCUUUCCAACGUCUUGCCUGAGAGCCAUAUGACCAAUGGUCCUAGCUCAGAUUCAUGUCUAGAGAUAGAGGACGUGGGGACCCGGACCCCAGUAAAGGAGGUGGAGUGGGAUGCAGAAGGAAUGACAUGGGAAGUGUACGGAGCAGCUGUGGAUCCAGAGGAGCUUGGCCUGGCCAUACAGCGACAUCUGGAGCUGCAGAUCAAAGAGACAGCAGCCGCUGCUGCCCACAAGAAAGUGUCUGUAGAGAACAAUGGGAUGUCAACACAACAGAGUAGAAGACUUGGGAAGAGUGGAAGCAUGGUGCGAUCACUACGCAGUUCAGCCUGCUGCUCUCGCUCCAGCACUGUGGAUGAUUGAAGAGACUAAUGAAUUUGUAAGCUUAGUUGGAUUCAACCUCCAAUAGCCAUAAAUGGCCUUCUAUACCUCCAUGCCCUUUUUUGCCCCAGGGAAACAACAGUGGAAGCUGCUUAGUGAGCAAGAUAUGUAAAAGUCUGCUAAAGAAAACCAAGCAGAAGCUGGAGUUUACAGUCUAGCUCCACCAACCUGGAAAAAAAGACCUAAUAAAAGUUAGGUGAAAUCCAAAAACUGAGUGCAAAAAACUGAGAGUUACCCCCUGAUUAUGAGCUACCCUCACUCAGGUACAAUUUCAGGCAAUACAGGAAAUCAUGAAACAAACACAUGAAAAAACAUGAAAAAGGAACACUGUGUCCAUGCCAAACCUGUAUGUAUGUAAAGUUUGAAGUGUGUAAAUAUAUUCUGAGUUAAUUCUACAAACAAAACAACAAUCUGAAAUUUACCUGAAUUUUUUUCUUCUGAACAGAUCAGACAAGAUUAUGACCACUAUAAUAAUUUAUAUAUCUGUGUAUCAAGUAUGAAUCUUUGUCAUAUAUUUCCUGUAUGUUGCAGCUUACUGAAUUCUGUACAGGCUUCACAUCUGGCCUGUCAUAAGGUCACAGUCUUUGUGAAAAAGAACAUCAGUAGUACUUUAUGUCCAUUGCAUACUGUGUAAAUUGGUGAUAAUAUUGAUAAUAUUUAUUAGACAUUUGCAUUUUGUAGUGAUCUAAGUUCUAUUCAUUUAUUUGGAAAAUACAUAAGGAAAAAAUGAAUUACUAAAUCAAUUUUUGCAAGUACAACUCUAUUGUUGCAAGUAUAACAAUAGAAAGAGCACAAGCCAUUAAAGCAAAACUACCUAGAAGCAAAAAUGCUUAUUUAUUUCUUAUGUAAUUAAUUAGGUUGCAAUACGUGACAUUUUCUGAUGUUUAACUAUAUAAUCUUUAAAAUUGGAGUAUUAUUUUCAUGGAAACUACAUUUAAAACAGGAAUUCUGCACAUAUUGAUACAUUUCAGGCAUAGGCGUAGUUUGGGGGGAGGACGUGUAGUUCCUGCUCACACUACUCAUUUAAUGUGUUAUGCUGGGUGGUGUGAGCAGCGUCCUUCCAAAAGUUGAAACCUACGUCACUAAUUUCAGGAGUGAUGUUAAACAGUCUGGAAGAAUUAUAGUUUAUUCACAAGUGACUGACAACUUUCAAUAUAUAUUUUGCAGUUUACAAAACAGGCCUAUAUGAUUCAGACAAUAUUGCUCUUUGUAUAUAAUAAAAUGGUAACACCGUUACAUUAAAUCUGACAGUACAGUACAGUACCGUACAGUAUAGUACAGUACAGAUUAACUCUCUUACAGAACAUUUGGAAGCCUAUUUACCAUGCAAAUUGGAAUAUGAAUAAAAACAUAUGGUAACAUCUUGGGUGCCUGUAUUGUUUAAAUGUACAGUCCAGUUUCAUCUUAUUUACCAAGUGAAGUGCUAGUAUGUAUAUGUGACAUUAUAAAACUACCCUAACAUCCCUCUAAAUACAAAUGAGACCAGCUUGAGCAUAAAAUAUACAGUACUAGUCCUUUGUUUCCUGUUAGUAUUCUGUCAUUUUAAAAAAGUACUUCUUACAUCCAAAUACCCAAAAUAGCAAUGGCAAACCUUUAAGGUAAUUAGUAUAAGUAUUAAGUUUAAGUGUUUAGGUAUACUAUUUUCAUAUUUUAAGCAUUUAAAAAAAUUGUCUAGUAAUUUAUUUUACAUACCAUGUAUUUUCCAAGUUAAUACUGAGAACUAAGGAAACUAUCAAAGGAAGCAUUAACUAUAGGAUCAGCUACAGUUCCAACAAAUGAGGUAGAUAGUUAAAAUACACUACUUAUAGUAGACUACAUAAAUUAAAAUGUAAUUGAAGAGACUUACUGUAUUUCUAUAACUGAAUGUGUAUUGUGCCAGUUAAGUUCAUAUUCUAAUUAUGUUUGGACAGGUUUGUUAUUUCGCCAAAGCAAGUUUAUACCUUUUUAGACCAAAGCAUUGUGAAGAGUGUCAAUUGAUAAUAAUAAAGUAAUACAUAUAAGGCAGAAUGGUUUUCAUCUUAAAUCUCUAAUAAAUUCUUUAUAUAUGCUAGUGUAAUGGGAAGAUUUGCAAUAGCUU